AUGAAUGUUAACACCAGUGAUAUAAUGAAACUUAAGAGAGACAUGGUAUAUGCUUUGGAUAAUUUGUCUGAAGACCAGCUAGGGUCUAUAGCCAAAAUUAUCCAAGAAGCGAUUAGCGACGUACAAAUAAGCAAACCAAAACCAUUUUUGCAAUUGCACAUCCAGGAGAUCAUUAAGGCUUCACAUGAUAUUCAAACAUUGGGCUUGAUUAUUGGGGAGCAGGAUGGCAAACUAGAGCGAUGGUUUGAGUCUAUUCGCAUAAUUCUUAAAAAUUAUCAUUCUGAGUUAAAGCAAGAGGAAAGUCGUUUAAAUCGGGAAUUCGUGAAAUCACUAGAUACAAUAGCUAAGAUCUUUCAGGUUUUGAAGAAUUAUCAAAACGAGACGCAAGAUGGGUCCUUACUGAACUCUAGGAUUCGGAAAAUGAUCGACGAUCACAGACAAAAUAAAUUUGUGAAUCUGGCGCAGUAUUGUAACGAGGCAGAACCAAUGUCCCAGGUGAAUAGAGAGGUCGAGGAUGGAAUUCUCAAACUUAAACCGAUCCUUCUGGAAAAGAUUGUGGGGAUUUCAAAGGAGAUAAGAGAUUUCUACUCAAGGUUAGGGAUUGUGGACGAAUAUGAUGAUCAGAAUUUUCUUGAGCAACUUCCAUCUCUAGAAGAAAGCAUAAAAUACUCCACAAUAGAGGAAAUAGAUGAUAUUAAAGGCAUCAUGUCUACGAAUUUCAGUCGCUCAAGCCCCGCGCUCGAAGAGAAGAUAAAAAGAGAAAAGCAGAAGCUUGAAAACUUUAUCAGCGAGCAGUGUUCAUUAAUGAGAAAUAUCAUGGACAGACUGAGACUUCUUGAAAUUGAGUUAGAGAAAAAAGCUGACUUGGACCUUCAGCAUUAUUCUGAUGAGGAGUUGAUACAACAUAUCGGUAUUAAAAAAGCGAGCUUUGAACGAUACAAUAAUAAACUAGAAAUCCUUUUAGACGAAAAAAUGAACAGGGAGCGACAGCUCAAUAAUUUAAUGGAAAGACUGGAAGAAUUGUGGGCUGUCCUGAGACCAAAUGAUAACUCCAUCCAGGAGUUUUUGAAAGUGAACCUAAACAUUAAGCGCGAGUCGAUCAGUAACUUUGAAGCUCUUGUGGAAGAGCUUGAACAUGAGAAAAAGGAGAACAUUUCAAAAUUCAUUGAAACAAGCCGUAUGAGAAUUAUCGGGUACUGGGAUCUUUUGAUGUACGAUGAGGAAGACCGUUUGAAAUUUGAGGCAUUCUAUGACGAGAAUUCUGACAAUUUUGACGAGGACUUGCUUGAUCGACAUAAUCAAGAAAUUGCGAAGUUGAGAGCAGAAGUUGACAAACUCAAGCCCCUUCUUCAAUCGAUCUCCAAACUAGACGACCUUCUCAAAGAAAAAAGCUACCUGGAUGAGGCUGUUAAGGAUCCCAAUAGACUUUUGAAAAGAGACUCAUUUAAAAUAUUGAGGCAUGAAGAAAAGAUUAGGGAGAAGCUGGCUAGACAAUUACCAUCAACAAUCCGAGAUUUAAAGUUGCAGCUAAACAGCUUUGAGCUGGAGAAAGGCCGCGCGUUCAAAGUAAAUGGAGAACCUUAUAUUUCAAGAUUGGAAGAGAUUGAACUAGAACUUGGUCGGAAACGGAGCUCUCGAAAGUCUCCCAUCAAAACCCUACCAACAAGCAAUCCUAGCAGAGUAUACAAACGGGAACCAAUAACAGCUACCACACGUAAAAGAAACCAUCUCAGCACACAUUCAAAAUAUCCAUCAAAGGUUCAGCUAUUAUCGCAGUCCGCGACUUCUAACGCAUAUAAAUCUUCGGCCAGUUUCGGAUCCGUUAUCAGGAGACAAAACACCGAGUGUAUGACAAAUCCCUUCAACUCAAGAGAAAGCUCUCCUUUGAGGAAACCCGUUCAUUCUCGCCGGCACGUGAAAGCUUCACAACUUCAGGAAACACCACCUUUGAGAUUCAUAUCUCCCAUCAAGCCUCCGGUAUUCUCUAGCCCUACCAGCCACUCAUCAGUAAGAUCCGAUCAUUUCAUGUCAGGUUCGACCAUAUCCAACAAGCCAAUUGUAAUCAAGGGUGGAUCUCCCAUCAGACAAAACUCUGGAUCUCAAUUGCACACUCACCCACAUUUGAAGAUGCCCAGUUUGUCUCCGUCAUCACAAAGUCCGCCUUCAAAACCAGUUCUCCAAAGACCAGCUGCAUGCACUACUCUUAAGCCAUUGAACUUUCAGCUCAAGGCCUCUUCCCCACCAUCUUCAUCUUUAAUUCAUGACAGCGUAAAUGGAAGAACAGUGAGGCCGUUCGACAGCCUUGAUUCAUCGAACGAUAUACCUGUCGCUGAACUAAGUGACUCGAUGAUUGACUACAGUGAAGAGUUCAAAGAGAACAUCAGCCCGAAGUCUUAUAAAACACAUGGAAAAGCUCAGCAAACAUUCUUGAAUGACGUUUCCAUGAACUGGGAUACCGAAACAUUCUAG